GGGCGACGGGGUCACGAGUGGCCGGAAGUUGCGGCCUUUGCGGAUAGUCCGAGAUGGGGACCACUCUGGACAUCAAGAUUAAAAGAGCGAAUAAAGUGUAUCACGCCGGGGAAAUGCUCUCUGGUGUGGUGGUCAUCUCUAGCAGGGACUCUGUCCAGCACCAGGGAGUCUCUUUGACAAUGGAAGGGACUGUAAACCUCCAGCUCAGUGCCAAAAGUGUGGGUGUAUUUGAAGCCUUUUACAACUCUGUGAAGCCGAUCCAGAUUAUCAACAGCACCAUAGAUGUGCUGAAGCCAGGAAAGAUUCCCAGUGGCAAGACUGAGGUGCCCUUUGAGUUUCCUCUGCUUGUGAAAGGCAGCAAGGUCCUGUAUGAGACUUACCACGGCGUGUUUGUCAACAUUCAGUACACACUGCGCUGUGACAUGCGGCGAUCCCUCUUGGCCAAGGACCUGACCAAGACCUGUGAAUUCAUCGUUCACUCUGCUCCUCAGAAGGGGAAGUUGACCCCAAGUCCUGUUGACUUCACAAUCACCCCGGAAACCUUGCAGAAUGUCAAAGAGAGGGGCUCACUUCCCAAAUUCUUCAUUAGAGGACAUCUGAACUCCACUAACUGUGCUAUCACGCAGCCCCUGACAGGAGAGCUGGUGGUAGAACACUCAGAUGCUGCUAUCCGGAGCAUAGAGCUUCAGCUGGUCCGGGUGGAGACCUGUGGGUGUGCAGAAGGCUAUGCGAGAGAUGCUACAGAGAUUCAGAACAUUCAAAUCGCUGAUGGGGACAUUUGUAGGAAUCUUUCUGUCCCCCUGUACAUGGUCUUCCCCAGACUGUUCACCUGUCCAACACUAGAGACCACCAACUUCAAAGUGGAGUUUGAAGUUAAUGUGGUGGUCCUUCUUCAUGCUGACCACCUCAUCACUGAGAACUUCCCGCUGAAGCUCUGUCGGACAUAGUCCAGCUGUAGGAAGGCGACAGCCAGAGUGACCAUGUGGACAUUGACCUAGUCAUCCGCUCACAUGGGGACGUCACUCAGGCCACUUGCUCACAGGCAUCAUGUCAGCAGCAUACAUCUUCAUGAUGUCUUCUCAUGGCCUCAAAGCUUGUUUCCUGCAGGUGCCUUGCCUCAGCCCUUACAUCUGGAAUGCAACAGGGUUUCCUCGUGUGUUGCAAGAUCACAGAAAACAUUGCUGAUGGCUCCAGAUGUGCCUGUUUCUUCUCAAGUUCAUUAAGCAGUGUGUCUGUACUUUAAGAUUUGCUGCUUAGUGGGACCAUGGAGGCAGAAGAGAACCCCUCUCCAUCUUGCCCAGACUCCUGACAGCUAAGAGUCAACAGCCAGCAAGCUCUUUGAUCGAAUCUGUGAUCCCCUUCAAGGAGUAUCAGUGACUUCAUUUGGAAAUACAGAACUUUUCCCUUCUUGACAUCUUAAUAAUGUUGCACUAGAACUUCUAAAUUUUUUAGGGAACUGGAAAAAAACCAACAAAUAGAUUUUGUUCUCACAGAGAGAGUGGUGAACGGAGGCUGUCUCUGGAGUGUUUGCAGUGUGUAGUACUGGCACACACAGUGAAUGCUGCCAUACUCCCAGAGUGUAUUGAAAGGCAAGGGGCUUCCAUAAGGGGAAGAAUGCACAGUGGCUACUGCUUAGCAGGUAGGUUCUGAGUGACAGGACACCACACUGAGAAGGAUGAUGGUCUUGGCCUGUCCCUGACCCCCUGGGGCACAUGUGCUUUGACCAGGGAUUUUGGCCUGAAGUCUGUUUUCCUUUAGCCUCACACUGUAACUCACACUGCGUGGAGAGUAUGUUGCAAUACUUUUCUUCCUUCAAGUCUCGCUGUUGUUCUGUUGGUCCACAGUUAAUGAACACUCUGCAUACCAGCUGGCCUGCCUUCACAGCUUCUUGGGGACAGGCCUAGGCAAAGCAGGCCCGGACUGACAGCCUCCUGGCCGCACUCCACUGUUCUUAACAGCUAAGGGGAACUGGGGCACUGCUACUAGGGCCUCACCAGGGAAACUAAGAAGACUUAGCUGAGUCACCUGACAGUGGGUUCCUAGAGAAUGUAUUUUUGCUUUGUCAUACUCAUCCUUGAUAUAUUUAAACAAUUUAAUACCCAAAAAUGUGGGCCAUACUUUCUAGUAAGUCUGUAAGGAAAAGUCUUCUUUGAUUACAUAAUUUUUUUAAAUGAAUAAAGAAAGCUAAACAAUUUUUAAAAUGG